AUGGUUAAAAAGCAAAAAAAGAAGACACCAAUAACACAGAUAUCAACAGCCAAAGCAAAGUUUAAACGCUCUCACGCCGAAACAGCUCGCUUGAUUAGACGAUUCCAUGUGUUGAAUAAAGAAUUAGCAAAAUGUAGAGCCAGCCCACAAACAUUAAAGAAUCGAGAAGCUGAAAUCUUGAAAGAAAUGGAAUCUCUUGGUGGUUUAGACUGGUAUCAAAAGGCUUCACAACUGGGUCAGAGUAAAGCACGAGGAGGUGAUUCUUCAAAAUGGUUGAUCCAAACUUUAAAGUCACACUGUAAAGAAGCUUUGGAUAAGACGACAAAACCAUUAAAAGUACUUGACGUGGGUGCCGUUGCUCCUAAUAACUACGAAGCCUAUUCGUCAUGGAUUACAGCAAUACCAAUUGAUCUUAACCCACAGCAUCCAAACAUUCAAAAACAGGACUUCCUACGCAUGCAACCACCUGCCCUUGCUGAUAGAUUUGAUAUUGUCUGUUUGAGUCUGGUCAUCAAUUUUGUGGGCGAUCCAAAAGAUCGAGGUAAGAAUUUUUUCAUGCCAAUAACAACAACAGAUCGCCUACAUUAUCUAUUUCUGGUUGUACCUUUACCAUGCGUUACAAAUUCUAGAUACAUGACGCACGAGCAUUUACUAGAGAUGAUGGCUUCAAUUGGAUAUACAAACUGCAUUCAUCACCACUUUUCAAACAAGCUUGCAUAUUAUCUGUUUGAGCUAGUCUGUAAGCCAAAUACCAAGAAUAUAACCUGGAAGAAAAAGAUUAUACCAGGAAAAGAAGGUGGCGCUCGCAAUAACUUUUGCAUCGUUAUGCAAUAA